AUGAGCAAAGAAAAAACAAAGUUGUACCAGCAAAAAUUCCGAAAGGAAUGGCUUAAGAUGCCAGCGUUUACCAAGUGGUUGUGUGAAGUACCUAGUGACCAAUCUAAAGCACAUUGCAGAUAUUGGAGAUGUAAUAUGUUGGCAAAAUAUUCUCUUUUAGUAAGCCACUGUGAAGCAAAGAAACAUAAGGCAUCAACUCGACAGCAAAUGAUUCCUCUUAAAAAUAAGACACCUAUGCUUGAAGCAAAUUUAGCAAUGUUUAUUUGUUGCCACUCAUCAUUUAAUGGCUGUGAUCACUUCAUAGAGUUAUGUAAGAAUUAUAUGUCUGGUAGUGAUAUUAUAUCCAAAGUGAAGUUGCAUCGUACAAAAUGUACAAAUAUUGUGAGAAAUGUUCCUGAUAUAGGAGAUAGAAAAUUUAGCCUGUUAUUAGAUGAAUCCAAUGAUAUAUCAAUAAACAAGUUGUUAGCAGUUGUUAUCAUAUAUUAUAGUGACACUCACAAAUAA